AUGGCGCCCUCGACCAAACUCACGCUGGACAAGCUCGCGACUUUCGACGACAUCAUCACCGACGCUGUCAUCGACAAGGUCUACGGCUGGUUCACCAUCCGCAAGAAUAGAGGUGGCCGGUUCUCCGGCCUGCGCGGCCUGGAUGGCGAACACGUCGCCGACAUCAUUCGCCAACACGUCAUCUGGGACAAAGAUCCUGCCGAGGCUGUGCAGAAACUGCUGCAGUUGCCUCGUCUGCGUCGAUUCCUGGUCGGCCUGAAAGACGAGCGCGACCAGGAGCAGUUCAGGAGGCACCUCCGCAGAUACAUUAACAUCUACAUGCCCGACUGCCAGUUCGACGUGACAACUACGAAUCGCUACACCAUCACCGAGCACGAGGCCUCAAUCACCGCACGGCGCGACAUCAACCCACGUGAGGAGAUCAAGUACCUGACCGGCGUCCAGGUGGCCAUGACCGAAGAGCAAGAGAAAACUUUGGAACUACAGCGCAAGGACUUCAGUUUGGUCAUCUCGAGUAGAAAGAAGACACGCUCUCUCUUUCUGGGCCCAGCACGCUUCGCCAACCAUGAUUGCGAUGCCAAUGCAAAGCUCACCACCAAGGGAUACGACGGCAUGCAGAUUGUUGCAAUUAAGCCCAUUUCCGAGGGUGAGGAGAUUACUGUGUCAUAUGGCGAGGAUUAUUUCGGCGAUGACAACGAAGAGUGUCUGUGCAGUACAUGUGAGAGCUUGCAACAGAACGGAUGGGCACCAAUGAAGCGAGUAGAGCGCAGCGAUGACGAGGAACCUACUGCGCAAACCGAACCCACAAGUGAUAGGCAGGAUGAUGUCGAUUCUGAAGACAUACAGACGUCUGUAAAGCGGCGGUGGGAAGAUUCCACCAUUGAAGACCCUGAGUCUGACUCCAUGCCGACUUCCAAGCGAGCCAAACUUGAACAAAAGACCUCGCCGACAAAGCCUGAUGAGUCGGACUUGUUGCGAAUGACGACACUGAAAAAGGCUCAUAGCACAUCAUCACUACGACAGGAAAUUGCUGUUUCGAGCAUAGAAGAUCCUUCCAGCAACUUGGCCGCACUUCCGCAAAUAUCACGCGAGAUGCGUAACCAGCAGCGCGAAGGCUUCCUCACAGUGAGGACGGAUGAAACCGUUUCUUCUAGGGAAAUCUCGCCGCAAUCUUCAAUAGCGGCUGCAUCGCCAAAGUCUUCAGAAUCGACGGAUGCCACUUCAAUUGACGACGAUCAUGUUCAUGAGGGCGGCGAAUCAAAAGACAAAGUCGACCCACAAACCAUUCAUGAUCAGCCGACAUUGGGAGUAACGACAGUGAAGGAGGAAGUUACUACGACUACGGUAAACGCCCCGUGGCCCUCUCUACCUGCAGCAGAACCAGACUCUAUGUCCGAUCUCAGCGAACUUUCUGAGAGUUUCGAAUUUGACGAUGGAAAUCAGCAGAUUGUCAAGCGUAAGCCACGCCCCGUUAUCCGAACCACUCGCUCCAAAUCACGCUUUGACGUUCAGAACCGCGUCGGAACGCCCAUUACGAUCGAAGACGGAGACGAGGCCGAUUAUGUCGAGAACACGCGCAAACCGGGUGACUACAUGACUUCUAAUGCAGUGCUCUCUGCCAAGGGCUCCAAGUGGGUCAACUGUCACACAUGCGAAAUGGACUUUGUCCAGCAGGAGGGCAAUAACACUCGUAAGGAAUGCCCGCGGUGUGAGCGUCACUCCAAACUGUAUGGUUUUCCCUGGCCAAAGACGGAAAGAGAGGGUAAGCAUGACCGAGAACAGCGCGUUCGUGACCAUCGUACCGUGCACCGCUUUGUCGCGCCAGACGAGGAGCGCCAGUUGAAGCGCGACAAGACGAGAAAGAUGAUUAGAGACAACAUCAAAGAGCGGUUUUCAACACCACGCAGUGCCAGAGAUACCAUGAGUUCGAGUGUCGAAGUCGACAGUGGACGCAGGAGAAGAAGAAUUCGGAAGACCAUGUAGGGCAUAAAUCUAAGAACCACGCUUUCGAAAAGAGGGUGCAGAAAGACGUGGAGAAUAAGAGGGUGGACUUUGGCUUUUGUAUAUUGACAUUUCCGAUACACUCUUUCCACAAAAUAGCAUAUAGCGAGGCGCUUUCGGCGAAGGAGCUUGUACGAUAUCCGUCAACGAUUUACCGCAUGGACACGUUUUUAUUAAUGCCAUUAAGUUUUUAGUUCACAUACAAUAUUGAAGCUGCAUCCUACGAAAGUAGAUGAUGAAUCGAUUUUCUUACCGG